GCGGCAGAAGCAGGGGUAGCGCGGGGCGGUGGGGCCACGUGUGCGGGUUCCGGUGCUGGCGGUGGAGCAGCCUCAGCCAUGGAGCCCGCCGGCCUGUUUCCCCCUUUCCCCGCCGUCUGCCCCCCGCCACCGCCCGCUCACACCCCGGUACCCCCGCCCCGCGCCGCCGAGACCACCCGCAUCAUCACCGACCCCAUCUCCGGCCGCUCCUACUGCAAGGGCCGCCUGCUGGGAAAGGGUGGCUUUGCACGAUGCUAUGAAAUGACAGAUCUCUCUAGCAACAAAACCUAUGCCGUGAAGGUCAUUCCUCACAGCCGGGUGGCUAAACCCCAUCAGCGGGAGAAGAUCACCAACGAGAUCGAGCUGCACCGGGACUUGCACCACAAGCACAUUGUCAAGUUCUCCCACUACUUUGAGGACUCAGAGAGCAUCUACAUAUUCCUGGAGCACUGCAGUAGGAAGUCCCUGGCCCACAUCUGGAAGGCCCGCCACACACUGCUGGAGCCUGAAGUGCGCUAUUACCUCAAACAGAUCAUCUCAGGCUUAAAAUAUCUUCACCUCAAGGGCAUCCUGCACAGAGACCUCAAGCUUGGUAACUUCUUCAUCAAUGAGAACAUGGAGCUGAAGGUGGGGGACUUUGGGCUAGCUGCUUGCCAGGAUACCUCUGACCAGAAGAAAAAGACAAUAUGUGGGACCCCCAACUACCUGGCCCCAGAAGUGCUGCUGAGGCAGGGCCAUGGGCCAGAGUCGGAUGUAUGGUCUCUGGGCUGUGUCAUGUACACCCUGCUGUGUGGGAACCCUCCCUUUGAGACCUCUGAUCUCAAGGAGACGUACAGGUGUAUCAAGCAAGUAGAGUACACCCUCCCUGUCUUCCUCUCCCUGCCCGCCAAGCACCUCAUCGCCGGCAUCCUCAGACGCAACCCUAAGGACCGCUUCACCCUUGAGGAGAUCUUGGACCAUGAGUUCUUCAAGGGCUACACGCCUGAGAAACUCCCUCCCAGCAGCUGUGUGAUGGCUCCAGAGCUGAAUCCCCCCAACCCAGCAAAGAGUCUCUUUGCUAAAGUCACCAAGACCCUCUUUGGGAAGAAGAAACCCAAAGCCAAGAAGGGCUCUUUGGAAGACAAGGAUGACAUCUCCAAGCUGGUCACUGGGCUGAUGAAGACCUCAAUCUGCCGGCAGAUGAGCUAUAAAACUGUGGAAGGGAAUGAGGCCGCCCCUGUAUCAUGCCGCAGUGCCAGCUCUAGCCCCGUGGAGACAGUGGUGGAGGAGACAUCUCACAAGUCUGCAUCCCCUUCCAUCCGAGGGACGAUGGCCAGCAGCUGUGAGGCCUUUGAAGACUGCAUCACUACCUCUGCCAUCAUUGAGUCGGCUGUCCGGCUCCUGCGGACCUGCCUCUCCUCCAUGCCCCCAGCGGGGAAAAAUCCGGCUUCCCUGGCCCGCCACGAGCACUUUGUCUGGGUGAGCAAGUGGGUGGAUUACUCCAACAAGUAUGGCUUUGGCUACCAGCUCUCCAACCGUAGCAUUGGGGUCCUCUUCAACAAUGGCACGCACAUGACUCUUUCCCCCAACCACAGGACUGUGCAUUACAACCCAACCAGCAGCAAACACCUUGUGUUCUCUGUGGCCGCUAUCCCUGAGCAGCUGCAGGGGCAGAUGAGUGUCUUGCGCUAUUUUGCGUCCUACAUGGAGCAGCAUCUCAUGAAGGGAGGUGACUUGCCCAGCAUAGAUGACCUUGGGCAGCCGGCCCUGCUCCUCCUGCAGUGGGUGAAGACUGACCAAGCCUUGCUCAUGCUCUUCAGCAAUGGCACCCUGCAGGUGAACUUCUACAAUGACCACACCAAGGUGAUCAUUAGCAAGCCUGACCACUCCUGCCUUGUCACCUACAUCAACCGGGAGCGAAAUUCCUACACCUACAAGCUGUGCAGCAUCCAGGAGCUGGGCUGCUCUCCUGAGCUCCACCACCGCCUCAGAUACAUCCUCAAGCUCCUCCAAGAACGUGCUGAAGCCUAGUGUGGGACCUUGGGGGAACCCUUGCUGGACAUAAAGGUCUCCCCCUCCCCUCCCAUGGGAUGGGAGGGAUGUUGUGGUGCUGGCUGCCUGCCUGGGCACCCUGUAUCCCGGUGCUCAGAUGGACUCUGGACUAAAGACUCGUGGAUGUGGUUACAGCA